AUGGCUGCUACCGUCGGCCCACGUCCCAACCCCACCUCCUCGUGGUGGCUAGCCAAUGCGCCGUCCGUCGCGAGCGCUGCCGUGCCACCAGCAUCGUGCGACUUGGCGAUCAUCGGUGCCGGCAUGACUGGUUGCGCAGUGGCGCACUGGACACGCGUGCUCGACGCGGCGGGCGGCGGAAGCGUCGUGCUGCUUGACGCUCGCGGCGUCGCGGGUGGCGCCACGGGCCGCAACGGCGGCCAUCUCUGGCUGAACCCAAACUCCGCAUUCGAGGUGGACACAACGGCCGAGCUGCUGCAAUUUAUCGAGGAUCAGCGCGUGGAGUGCGAUCUCCAAAAGGGCGGCGCGGCCGCGCUGACACGGCGCGAGGCGGAGACGGGCGUCACGUACCACGACGCGGCGGGCGACCCGGAGGACGCCGCCGCCGAAAGGUGGGGCGAGACGGCGGCGUGGGACGAAUCCGCGUGCCGCACGCGGCUGCAGACGGACGCCUUCAUUGCGGCGGAGGUCUACUCGGAUGCCGCGCAGUUCUACCCGGCAAAGGUGGCCCAGGCACUGCUGCAGUCGUCGGGUGCGACGCUGGUCGCGCCGGUCUGCGUCGUGAGCCUCGAGGACGAGCCGGGCGGCGCUGGCUGCCUGCUGUCGUGGCGGAGCGCCGACGGCGCGGACACGCCGGCGGAGGGCGUGCUGCACGCGCGGCGUGUGGUCGUCGCGACCAACGGCUGGACGGGCGAGCUGCUGCCGGAGCUCCAGUCGCAUCUCUAUCCGGCGCGCAACCAGGUGCUCCUCACCGCACCGCUGCCCGCGGCACAGGACUGGCAAGUCGGCGCCUUUGCUGUGGACGGCGACGCGGGCGCGCGCGAGCUCUACUGCAUCCGCCGAUCCGAUGGCCGCUACCUUCGACGCUUUCUGGCGGAGCGGCUGCCCGCGCUCGCGGCCGACGGCGCCGUGCGAGUCGAGGCGGAGUGGACUGGCGUGCUCGGCUUCACCCACGACGGCAAGCCGCUCAUCGGGCCGCUGCCGGAGCGGCCGCACGUGCUCGUCGCCGCCGGCUUCUGCGGCCAUGGCAUGCCGCAGUGCUUCGGCGCGGGCAAGGCCAUUGCGCAGAUUCUCGCCGGCCAGCCGCCGGAGGCGCUCCAUCCGCACGUGCGCGGCGCGGCGCGCGUCGGCCGCGUGUUCGACGGGGCGGAGUGA